UUUCUUUCAUUUUUAUUUUCGUGUGCGAUUUUCAUAACUUUAGUUUUUUAAUAAUAAAAUUUACGGUAAUAAUAAAGAAAUUAAUUAAUGAAUUUAUUAAAAAUCAAUAAUAUAAGAGCAAAGCUACAGAGUGAAAAUAAAAUACAAUGCAAAUAUUAAAAAUUUAAGGAAUACAUUGCAAGUGAAAAUCUCAAAUUGUGCUGCGUAGCAAAAGUGAAAUUUUUUUGUCGACGCUUUUUUCCCUACACUAAAAGUAGAAAACGGCGCCAUUUUAAGAAUGUAAAUGUGCAUUCAAGAAAAGAAAAACAAAUGAAGUAAAGAAAAAAAAGUAAAAGAAAAAUAGAAAUAGUCCAAGAGAAAAAUUUUUUAAGUGUAGAGUUUAUUUGUUUAUUUUUAAUUAUUAUUUUAAUUUAUAUAAAGUAUACAAUAAAAAAAUAAACGGUGAAAAAACAAAAGUGAAUAACAAAUGUUUAAAAUAUACUGCUAGUGCAUGAAAAUUAUAAUAAUAGUAAGUUUGUUUUAAAUAAAUAAUGAGCACAUUGAAUGAUGCAAUAUCAAGGAAUGUUUCGGAAAAGCCCCAUCAGCAAAGAAAAGAAGAAAACACAUAUGAACAAAAGGACGGCUAUGAGAAUCCACAAAAAGAUAAACAUAAGAAACGUCAUGAAAAGAAGAAAAACUCUAAUACAACAGCAACAACAACAGAUGCAGCUACGAAUAUCGGCGGUAACAGUAGCAGUAGUAGCAGCAGUAACUCUAACUGCAACAGUAUCUGCAACUUAUCGAAUAUCACAUUAGCAACACAAUUCAGUAUACAACGUACCGAUUCAGAUGGAUGUCUCCGAAUGAAAAUCUCUGCCAUACGACCAACAACCACAAUAACGGCUGCAACUGCAAAUCCAGCGAAUAUUGUAGUGAAUCCAACGGCGUUACAGAAAACGUAUUAUUCGAAAUCCAAACAUUUGAAGGAAGAUAAAACGCUAUUGAAAAAUAUUCACACGUUAGACUCGUUAAAGGUUAAAAUUUCACCAACACGUAAUAAGGCUGAGACUAAAACGACAAAUAUGUCUUCUGUCAUUGUCAAUCCAUUGUCAAAAAAUCGCAAGGAUAUCGUACAAUUGCCAUUAAAAAUGCCUACAGCGGAUGGUGUGUCGACAACAAGGGCCUGCUUAAGCGAUGCCACUGAUUCCGGCUGCUCAGAGGCUACCAAUACCACAAUAGCAACUGUUGGUCAAGAAAAAAUAUCCAAACGCAAAAUUAAAAGAAAAAAGGUACUACUCAAAGGGAACGAAACAAAAAGAGCUUUAAAAACACUGAAACCACUUGAAAUUACCAUGGAAAAUGCUUUCUCAACCGAUUCUGAAGACGAACCAUUGGCCCAAAAGUUAUUGGUAUCGAAUGUAGAGGCUAUCACACAAAGAGCUCCUAGAUUAUUGUUAACAGCUAUAAAUUCAAAGAAUUUAACGAGCAAUCUAAAUGCAACAGCCACUCCUUUGCAUGCCACAUUAGGCUCAUUGCAACAUGGGAAUGAACACAUUGGUUUAUCAAGUAGUGACAAUGAAUUGCCCAAUGUUCGAGCAGCUAUCGAAAGAGUGGUGGGACAGUCUGAUGAUGAUGAUAAUUUAUCAACUUCACACUUUCACAAAGCCAAAACGAAGCACUUGCCCCAGUAUCAGUCAACGUUACUGCAAGAUUUUAUGGAAAAAACACAAAUGAUGGGACAAACCCCUAAACCAAGUGAUAGUGUAAAGCCGAAGAAUACGUUUAUGCAAAAUGAAAUUUUGCUACAACUCAAUACAAACUCACAAUCCGACAGCAUAGCUUCGUCUUCAGCAAGCAACAACAAAAAGCGUAGAGGACGACCUAAAAAACCGGAUAAAGAACAUGAAUUAACCAUAAACUCAAUCUCUCCUGUCCAUGUAAAUAACAAAAACUCGAAUAUAAAUGAAUCGGCAGAUUCUGGCGUAAUUUCUACUACCAGUGUUUCAACGCAAAGUACAUCACCACAUCCCUGCACCACAUUAGCUUCCUCGUCCGCCAAUGAUAAUACUUCAUCGACAAAUUCACCAAAUAAAAACCUGAUAACCACCCCGGAAAAACACACGACGGAGACUUCCUGUUCUUCUUCUACCAGCAAACCAAAAAUUGAUAUUGCCUUACUGGACAAAAGAAUGUAUGCCACGGAAAGAGUUCUAUAUCCUCCACCACGUAAUAAGAGAAGACAAUCAACCAGCGCCGCUGUAGCUAGUGUAAGCGAGAAACAAAGAUUAGCUUCGUCUCAGGCUCAGCCGCAAACCUCUAAAGAAGAUUUACAAUUGGAUCCCGUUUGGCGAAAAAUCGAUGUUAAUCGUAAAUUUCGAAGGCCUAGUGUGUGCAGCACUACUGGCUAUAAAAGUGAUGGUGGUACAGAUGAACGGGCGAGAGAUCGUUCCAGUAAGUCUACGGUUUGCAGUAAAGUUUUAGCCGCUAAAAGUGGUUAUGUCUCCGAUUAUGGCACUUCCUCGUUUCGUUUGUCUCGUCACUCCAAACACGCCUCUCACAACUCCGGCUAUAAAAGCGAUGCCAGUUGCAAGAGCCGCUACAGCACCAAAAGUUGUGUUUCGCGUAAAUCAAGAGCCAAAUCUUGCGGUUACCGCAGUGAUUGCAAGGAAAGUGUUUUGGGGAGUUCGAAAUCAUCGAAAUUUAGGAGAAAACGACGAGCCUCAAUUAUGCACAAGUCUAUUGGUUCUUUAAAAGACGAACAAGACAUUUUGCAAUUGGCUGGCUUGUCUUUGGGUCAGAGCAGUGAGGAAUCUAAUGAAUAUGUGUGUAAGCCAUCAUUGGAGAAGCUGCCUACGACUAGUGCUUCCAAAAAAUAUGGUGAAAUUAAUCGUUACAUUGCGACGGGUGAAUAUUUCGGCCGAGGCUCCAGUGGUCAAAGCAAUUCCCACAACUCUUUUGCCAGUAUCAGCCACAAUAACACACGCAUAUUUGAUGUAGCAACUGAUUUGCAUCAAACACCGGCUAAAACAACUUUACUAAGGCGCAAGAACUCAACAACAUCGGAAUUUGCCCACGAUCUAUUGCAGUUGCCGGGCAAUAAUCAAACGGCAAGAAAAAUUAAAUCGCGUAGGUCUUCUGUGGCUAGUUUCUGCAGUUCCUACUAUUCUGCUGGUACCACAAAACUAAAAAGACGUCGAAAGCGUAAAAGCUUUCGUUUUCACAAUUCUUCCUCCAGUAAAAAUUCUGUUAUUGAUUCGAAACUAUUAACAGAAAUAGAAAUUUUGACCAAUACUUUUUCUUCGAGAUGUAGAAUACAAACUUCUGGUUUAACCGACAGGUUGACAGGCGGCAAUUUGUCACAAAAAGAAAAACUAAUGGCGGAAGCUACAAAAUUGCAACAAAGUUUGGCGGCAGCUGCUGCAGCGGCAUCCACAUCAGCUUCAACAUCAAAUAAACGAGAUUCGAGAGAUAAGAGAUCCGUAAAGAAAAGAAAAAUAUCAGAAAACCUGGAUUUCGCUAUGCUCUCGGCCAGGGCAGAAGGCAAUUCCCUGACGCCUGGAUCAAGUUCAGGACAAGGAACUUCUUCGAGAAGGAGACACAAAAAAACCCCUAGUUCUAGCCCCGAUGAUCAUAAAUUACCACUUAAAAAGCGUCAUUAUUUGCUAACGCCAGGUGAAAAGUCCAGCGAAGUUGCUGUGGCUGUAGCAGCAAAAUUAUUUGCCAACAAUGCAGAAGCUUGGGCAGCUGCUGCUGCUGCCGCUAAAAGUACAGCCAAUACAAAAUCCCAACAGCAGUUUAAUGCCAAAACUGCUAAAGCCAAUUUAACGCCUAAAAAACGACAUCUUUUGCAACAACCUCCUCACAUCCUCAACGAGGAUUCGAAUAGUAAUAAAACUGCAAGCACUCUUUCGCCACUACGUGUAACAGUGGGAGAUCCUAAUUCCAUAAGUGGUGGCAAACUUUUGGACAUUAGUCCGCAAUCCCUCAGUAGCCUUAAACAAGUAACAGAAGCCGUUCAUAAAAAGAGAUCUCGUUUAGAGGGAGUAGUCUCGAAAAUUGCUACAAAUCAUGGCGAUGAAGUAAUCAAGUCAAAGUCCAACGUUUCUACGUCUUUACAAAUUGAAUCGGAAUCAUCGUCCUGUCCACCACCCGGAGUAUUUGAGCCGUCAGUCGAAUUGGAAAUACAAAUACCGCCCAUAACAAAAUUUAGCGAAGCCACCACAAACAUAAUAACAAAGUCCGAGGUAGAUUCCCCUUUACUAAUGGAUUUGAACAAAGGAUUUGCGGAUGCUACUUUGAAAAAUGGCGGAAAUCGUGUGGUAGAAAGUCUGCUUAAUAAAACUGGUGGCAAUUUGAUUUUAAGAAGAAAGCGUAAAAUUAAUCGCACUGGAUUUCCCACGAAAAAACGCAAAAAGCGCAAAAUAAAUGAAAGCUCAAAUUUGGAAGUCAACGGAGAAGAUGAUCAACCGGUUGACAACACAAAUAUCAAAGAUGCUGGCGGAAGUGGGGUAAAAACCCCAGAAAAACAAUGCGAUCGUGUACCACAACAAGGGGAAGCGUCGCAAACAUUUCUCGAACGCAAUAACAGAACUCCAAGAUUAUCAGUAGUCGCACUCGAAAGAUUACAAGAAUCUCCCUUAAGUAGCAAAGAUAAAACGACCCCUAAGGAAACACAGCAAGCUGCUGAAUCGUUAACAACGCCCAAAACCAGGCACACUAGACAUCUUACUAAAAGGAAGGCCAUUAAAGAAGAAAAGCUGGCUGCAUUCAAAGAAUCAAAACCAAUAACAAAACCAGACAACCAGACGGAACAUCGACAGCAACAGCAGCUAGAUCCAGAUGACGAUGACAAACCACUGGCUGCUAGAGCCAGACGUACUAAAGCUGUCACCGAAAUAAAGGAUUUGGCUAUAAAAUCGUCUCCUUCUCGAAAAUCGCUUGUCUCCAAAACUGCAAAAUCACUUUUAGAAGCCAACAUAAAGUUACCAGCUGGUGUAGACCCCAAAAGUAUUUUAAGUUGUAAAAUAAAACUAAAACGACGAAAUUCCAUACACCCUUUGGCAGCAAGAAAAAGUCCGUUGGCAAAUCUUCCUGUCUCUAAACCCGUUAUAACAGAAAUUCCACGUACAGCCGAGGAAAUUGAGUUGGAUGCAAAGGCUAAAAACUGUAAUAUAGACUAUUUGGAACACGAUAUUCUACCCGUUCAUGAAAGUCAAUUGAACACCCAAAAUGGUGACACUGAAGCAAGCGAUACCAGCGAUGAGAAAUCGUCAACAAAUUCUUCUGUUACCAAAAAAGUAAAAGCUAAUAAGAAAACCUACUUACCAGCCGGUUUAUUUUCGGAUUAUUUUAAAGUGAACCAAACUGCUACAAAGAAAAACUCAAAUAAAAAAGACAAUGAGAAAAAAACUGACAUGGAUAAGACCACCAGUUGUACGGAAGUUGUCAAUUCAACAAAGGAGGUAGAAGUUGGUAAAGUUCCUCUACUAACACCACCGCCCUAUUGCGAGAAAUAUUUGAGACGUACGGAAUAUGAUUUCGAACUGCCUUACGAUAUCUGGUGGGCAUAUAAGAACUCUAAACUACCCAAUCGCAACACAGUGCCAUCUUGGAACUUCCGCAAAAUUCGUACCAACAUCUAUGCAGAGAAUGUAAAGCCACCACCAAUAGCGGCCAACGACCAUCCCAUGUGUAAUUGCAAAUCCGAUGUGGGUUGUGGUGAUAAUUGUCUUAAUCGCAUGGUCUACACAGAGUGCUCUCCUUCAAAUUGCCCAACACGUGAAAAAUGUCGCAAUCAGAAGAUACAAAAACACGAUAUUGCUCCGGGUGUAGAACGUUUUAUGACCGAGAAUAAGGGUUGGGGUGUGCGCACUAAAUUGUCCAUUGAGAAGGGAACCUAUAUCCUGGAGUACGUGGGUGAAGUUGUAACAGAGCGGGAAUUUAAGGAUCGCAUGGCUACAAUCUAUUUAAAUGACACUCAUCAUUAUUGCUUGCAUUUAGAUGGAGGUUUGGUUAUUGACGGCCAACGUAUGGGCAGUGAUUGUCGUUUUGUUAAUCAUUCUUGUGAACCGAAUUGUGAAAUGCAAAAAUGGUCUGUCAAUGGUUUGUCUCGUAUGGCCUUAUUUGCCAAACGCAAAAUUACCGAAGGCGAAGAACUCACAUACGACUAUAACUUUUCACUAUUCAAUCCUUCAGAGGGCCAACCCUGCCGCUGUAAUACACCACAUUGUCGCGGAGUGAUUGGUGGUAAAUCACAGAGAGUUAAACCAUUACCUAUUGAGGCUAAGCCUACAAAUGAUACCACACCUAAAGACGAUCACAAAGGUCGUCAGCGCAAACGUAAAGCUCGAAAAAAUAUGCAGCGCCAAACCACUAAAGAUGUAGCAACACCAACUCGCAUGCAACCUUUGUCAGAAAAAGAAAAGAAAAUUAUCAAACAGUAUUCGAUCUUUCUAAUACGAAACUUUGACAAAAUCCGAGCCAAAAAGGCUAAACGUAAAGCAAACUCCAAAACGUGCACUGAACCUAAACCCCAAACUCCCACAAAUAUUACCACCACAUUGUCUGUCAGUUCCAGCGCUAAUAUCCCAGCAGCCAUAACUCAAAGACGCCCAUCAACGCCAGCUUCAUUGGUCGCUCAAAUUUCUGCACUUUGUACAGCAAGAAAUAUUAAAACACGUGGUCUUACUUUAGCUGUACACGAUCCCGAAGUAGAAAAAAUGGCUAAAAUGGCAAAAAUAUUAAGGGAUAUUUGUACCAAUUUGGAACUAAAAAAAAAUCCAGGAAACGAUCAACAAAAUCUGGUGUCGGUCUUACAAAACACCACACUAUCAGCGGCUGGUACGAAUAAAAAGAAAAAGGCUUCCUUAAAAGUCCAGCAAAAGCAAAUAGCAACAGAUUUGAAAACCAUACAAAAUAAUAUUGAACAGGGUUAUUAUAAGCUUCCGGCCGAAUUCAAUACUGAUAUGCUGAAAUUAUUUGAAGAAGCUAAAGCCAGCUUUGGCAAAAAGGAAGUAGACAAACUCAAGCUUGUACAACUGUUGGAAAAAUGCUUUGUUGAUGAGAAACGAAAACAAUAUUGCGCCCUUUUAGAGCUGCUAAGAGACGAAAGUUUAGUGAAGGAUUUUGAAGAUAAUAGCCAGAAAUCAUUGGCAACAAAUAUCCUCAAAAAGGAAACUGUAGAAAAUCUUACAACUUCCAAUUUACCUAUACCAUUGGCUAAUAACGCAACUUCUACGAACGAAGAUAUAAUACGUUGUAUAUGUGGUCUUUUUAGAGAUGAAGGUCUAAUGAUUCAGUGUGCCCGUUGUAUGGUUUGGCAACAUACCGAAUGCACCAAAGCCGAUGUCGAUGCUGAUAACUACCUCUGUGAACAGUGUGAACCCCGCGAGGUAGACCGUGAAAUACCCCUAGACGAUUACACCGAAGAGGGAUAUCGCUAUUAUUUGACACUAAUGCGUGGCACCACUCUGCAGGUACGCCAAGGCGAUGCAGUCUAUGUUUUGCGUGACAUACCAGUCAAGGAUUCCACAGGUAAUGUGGUGCCUUCUAAAAAGCAUACAUACGAAACAAUUGGCGAUGUUGACUACAAUGAAUGUGACAUCUUUCGCGUGGAACGUUUAUGGAAAGAUGACGAUGGUAAACGUUUUAUUUUCGGUCACCAUUUCCUUCGACCGCACGAAACGUUCCACGAACCAUCUCGUAAGUUCUAUCCUAAUGAAGUGGUUCGUGUACCGCUCUAUGAAGUUGUCCCCAUUGAUCUGGUAAUGGGACGUUGUUGGGUCCUGGAUCGUACUACGUUCUGCAAAGGUCGUCCUAUUGAGUGCUACGAUGAGACUCAUUGUUUUAUAUGUGAAUUGAGGGUGGAUAAAUCGGCACGUUUCUUCUCGAAAGCAAAAACAAAUCAUCCGACUUGUACAAAGAGCUAUGCAUUCCGUAAAUUUAAUGAGAAAUUAAAGAUAUCCAAAACAUAUGCGCCUCAUGAUGUUGAUCCCUCUAUGUUGAAACCGAAAAAGCAAAAGACUGAUAGCGAAACCCAAUCGCCAACUACAACUCCAGCAUCAAUAAAUUUAUCAACAUCAAGUGGACUAUUAAACUCCAGACAAGAAUUAAACAAAACACCACAGAGCUCAAGCAAGAAAAGGCAAGGAAGCAAAAGUCCGGCUACUGUAACUCAACCUCAAAGUCAAGCCUCAGAAAAUACACACGCACCAGCACCAAUGUCUGUCAAAGAAAAACGUACGCACUUGGAAAAUGUUUUGAAAAUUAUAAAAUCAAUACGUACUAAAUGCCAAGAGCCACCCCUAGAUUUAUCAUACUUAUUAACUGGUCGUGGUGCCAGACAACGCAAAACUCUAACAUCUUCAACAAAUUCCAAUUAAAGUGAAAUGGAUGAAUGUAUGCAUGUAUUAUUUACGAGGACUUUUAACUAACACUUUAAGUAAUAAUUAAUAAAUUAUAUAAAAAUACUUAAAUACAUAUAUUUCAAUAUUUGUAAAUUGAAAAAAGCAACAAAAUUUUGUAAAAUAUAUUUUUGUAUUAUAUUAACAACUAACUUAAUUCUUCAAUUACAUAUUAAGAAUUACUGAAGAUACUAUACAUACUAUAAAAUUUAAAAUACUUACAUACAACACACGCUUCAAAUUGACUUUAAAUUAAAAGAAAAUUUACCUUAAAUGUUUACAUAAUUAUUAUGUAUUAAAAAGAAAUAACAUAGAUAUUAAUUAACCGUAUUAUUCCUAUACAUACUUUUAUAGUAAAUAUAGUUGUACAUUUUUUUUUUUAUUAUCUAAUAUUAAUCCUUUAAUUACCAUUAAGAAAAACAGCACUUGAAUGAAGAUUACGAUUGUAACAAAAGUUAAGAAAUAAUGAAAAGAAAUGAACAUUUAAAAAAAAGUCUUAUUAUAUAAAGUAUUUUUAAUGGUUUUUUAUUCUAAGAGAAAGAAACAAUUUCAUUUUGAAGCCUUGUUAUACAUUUUUAUACACUUUCAUUUAUAACUAUUUAAUCUAACCCAUAACCCCAACUACACUUACACAUAGUUUGUACACAAUUUAGCGAUUUUGUUUUAAACAAAUUAUUUAGCAUUAUUUUAUAUAAUUAAUUAUAUUGUGCUUAUUUAUUAUUAUUAUUCAUUUAUUUAAUUAAUUAAUUAUACAACAUUUAUGCAAAUCGAUUAGUUCGAUAUUUUGUAACAUUUUUGAACAAAUUAUAGACAAUUAUUUCCGUUCUCUUCUAACAAUUAAUUAAUUGUAAUAUUUUUGCUCUUUUUGGAUAUUUUGAAUUUAUUAUUUAUUUUAUUUUUCUUGUUUUUCUAUGAAAUUAUUUGAAAUCCUUUUCCCGCAGUUGUUUAAGUUUAAUUUAAAUCUACUGUUGUGUUAUUACUGUUUUUUAUAAAUGAAAAAAUCACAUCUGUUUUUAUUCUGAAUAUUUUUUUUAGUUUUAAUUUUUUUUUUUUUUGUAACUACUUAACUAAUUUUAAGUAGCACAUUUUUUUCUAAUAAAAUUGCAAAACAUGGUUUAAUGCAUCAUUGUUAAUUUUUUUUAAAUACUAAAAUAAAUUUCGUUUUAAUUAUUAUUUUUUUUUCAAUAUUGUUUUUAUACAAAUAAAAAACAUAUAUUUUUUCUACAAAAAA